GUCACAAAGUCUUUCAAUCCAUACUACUCACAAUGGCUUCCUCAUCUGCUGUCGGGAAGCUUUCUCGCGAGGAAUUCCGUCGCCAAAAAGAUCUCGAUGCCGCUCGUAAAGCUGGAACCGCACCUGCAGCUCUCGAUGAAGAGGGAAGACCCAUCAACCCUCAUAUUCCUCAGUACAUCUCACAGGCACCUUGGUAUCUCGACACGGGUGCUCCCUCUCUAAGCCAUCAACGGAGACCGCAAGAUGACCGUACUUCAAACAAACUCGAAAACUGGUAUGACCGUGGUGCAAAGGCCGGCCCAGCGGCCAAAAAGUACCGCAAGGGGGCAUGCGAGAAUUGCGGAGCCUUGACUCACAAGAAACAAGACUGUCUAGAACGACCUCGAAAAAAAGGUGCCAAAUUUACAAACCAGGAUAUUCAGGCGGACGAGAUAAUACAGGAAGUUGCUUCGGGAUAUGAUGCUAAGCGAGACAGAUGGAAUGGGUUUGACCCAAGCGAGCACAAGAAGAUUUACGAGGAGUAUGCCGCAAUCGAGGCCGCUAGGCAAAAACUAAGGGAAGAGGAAAUCGACAAUCAAACAACGACGGACCUCGCUGCAGUACGGAAGGUAGCAAAGGCAGGAAAGAGGGAAGAUAAAGAAGCUGAUCCUGACUUUGGGUCAAGUGAAGAAGAAGAUGCUGAUGAGGAGAAGUAUGCGGAUGCAGCCGACGCGGUCGGUCAGAAGCUUGACACAAAAACACGUAUAACCGUUCGAAAUCUCCGUAUCCGUGAAGACACAGCAAAAUACCUCAUUAACCUGGAUCCUUCAAGUGCUUAUUACGACCCUAAAACUCGCUCCAUGCGUGAUGCUCCAGACAAAAAUAUUCCCGCGGAAGAUGCUGUAUUCGCUGGUGAUAACUUUUUCAGACACUCGGGUGAAGCACCAGAUGUUCAGCAACUCCAGCUUUUCGCAUGGCAAGCCUCCGCCCGAGGCAACGAUGUUCACCUUAAUGCCAACCCCACACAGGGUCAGUUGCUCCACCAGGAGUACAGAGAAAAGAAGGAGCAAAUGAAGGACGUGUCCAAAGUCAGCAUACUCGCUAAAUAUGGCGGUGCGGAAUAUCUCGAGAGAGCUCCAAAAGAGCUGUUGCAAGGUCAGACAGAGGACUAUAUUGAGUAUUCGCGUACUGGUCAUGUCAUUAAAGGGAGAGAGCGUGCCAAGGCAAAAACGAAAUACCCUGAGGAUGUUUAUGUGAAUAACCAUACUGAUGUAUGGGGCUCCUGGUACGACAUGUCAACCGGGAAUUGGGGCUAUGCAUGUUGUCACUCCGACAUCCACAUCUCUUAUUGCGCUGGUCAAGCUGGUAUUGAAGCAGCCAAGGCAUCUAGUGCCCAGGUUCUUCUCUCUUCAUCAGUAAAUCCUCCGACCGACGAGCAAAAGGAAGAAGAGGAAACCGAAAAACCUGGAGAAAGAGUAGAGCAGAAUUUCUCCAAGAAGCGAGUAGGAGAAGGUGAUGUCAAAAUAGACAAGGAUCGACUAGCAUAUGCUCUCAACGAGGAGAAAAAGAGGAAAGCAAGGGGUGGCGGCGACGAUGAGGACAGGUUCAACAAGAAGAAGAAGCCCUUAGAAAGUGGUAGCCACGAUGUUACGGAGGAGCAACUUGAGGCCUACCGUAUGCAACGCCGGAAUGCAGAAGACCCGAUGGCUAAUUAUGUUGACAACGAGAACUCAUAUUAAUCUAUCUUAUAUCAUAAUGUGUUUUAGCAUGCCAUUACCAUUCAACCAACUGUAUUUUAUGAACUGUAACUUAGUAUUCAUCUCAGUGAUUGUCUACCCUUCUUCUGCCAAGGUAUUAUUGUC